CGCCUUUUCUUUCUUGGGUGCUGCAUCUGCUUCCUAAGCUUGAGUCAUAUUCAUCACACUUUGGAGCAGUAUCUUUGCUCGCCAAAAGCAACAAUAAAAAGCGCGUCAGGACAAUAAAUCGUCGUUGUCCCAGUAUCUCGUUCUAUAUUCAUCAUCUCCUCCUAUCGAUCGCAGUGUGUACCUCGUGGAAACUCCCGGAACAAGCCUCUCUCGGUCUUACACCUUCGUCCAUCGACAAAAUCUAUUCUCCUUAGCCUCCUCCACAUAACCAACCUCAGAGUAAAAAUGAGCCCGCGCACUAGAAGCCAGAAGGCCUCCGCUGAGCUGGAAGCCACGGAUCCGUCACCCGCCGUCAAUGGAACGCUCCAGCCGUCAUCGAAAAAUGGCCCGGAAGCUGCUGCGGAUGGAGAAGUGCAAGAGAACGUUUUCUUAUUCGCGCCAAAUCUGAUUGGUUAUGCGCGUGUGGUGUUGACAAUGGCUUCGCUUUACUACAUGCCCCUGCAUCCGCGGACAUGUUCCCUCCUUUACAGUGUUUCCUGCCUGUUGGAUGCCCUAGACGGAUAUGCGGCACGAUACUUCAACCAGUCGACUACCUUCGGUGCCGUGUUGGACAUGGUGACGGAUCGGUGCACAACGGCGUGUCUGCUGGUGUUCCUCAGCUCGGCCUGGCCCCGGUGGUCGAUCGUCUUCCAGAGUCUGAUUGCGUUGGAUAUGGCUAGUCACUACAUGCACAUGUACGCGACGCUCAGCAUGGGAGGUUCCAGCCAGAGCCACAAGAAGGUCGACUCCAGCCGCAGCUGGGUCCUGUACCAGUACUACCACAGUCGGACGGUCCUGUUCAUUUGCUGCGCUCUCAAUGAGCUGUUCUUCAUCGGUCUCUACUUGCUCUCCUUCUCCUCGCCCACUCUCUCUCCUUCCCUGCUUCAACCCAAGGUUGGGGGCCCGGCUGGCGACACGACCAUUCCCCCUCCAGAGGGGUACUCCAGCCCUUGGAGUGCAGGCGCCCUUGAGUUGGCUCGUGCGAACAAGAUUGACAGCUUCUGGCCCUGGGUUAUUACCGGAAUCUCCUUCCCAGUCAUGGCGCUCAAGCAGUUCAUCAACGUUGUGCAGCUGGUCAAGGCCAGCAAGUGGCUGGCUGAAGGUGACAUGGCCAGCCGGAAGGCUAUGCGGACGGCCAAGAACAAUUAAGGCCCGGCCAUGUCAGGCGCAGGUGGUGAUUCCGGGUGUUUCUUUCUUUCGAGUCAACCGUCGAGUCAGCCGUUUUAAUGCCUUCGAGCUCGCUUCUUCUCCGGAUGCCUCCGGUCGGCCGGACGGCGGUCUUUG